AAAAAAUAAUUUAAUAUAUUAUUUUAAUUUUUCAUCUUAGAAUUGUGUAUCAAAAUAAAAUAAAUUAUUUCUUUUAUAAAAAUAGUAAUUAAUUUUUUAUAAUAUUAUUAUUUUAAUUUUAAUUUUAAUUUUAAUUAUUAUUAUUAUUAUAGUUAUUAUUGCCACUAUUGUUACUAUUAUUAUAAGCAAGAUAUUAUAAAAAUUAAUUUUUAAUUUUUUUUUGAAAUUAAUUUUUUUUUGAAUUAAUUUUUUUUUUUUUGCAAUAUAAAAAUAAUUUUUAAUUUUUAAUUUAUUAUAUAAUUUUAUACACCCACAAUGUCAACAAGAGUUUAUCAAUCUGCAGAAGUUAAACAAAACAUCGAAAAAGUUUGGAAGGUUUUAAGAGAAUUUACCUUUCCAGAAAAAGUAUUUUCAUUCAUUGAAAGCUGUGUUAUUGAAGGCUCCAAUGAUACUCCAACCUCCGUUGGUGCAGUUCAACUCAGUGACUAUAGACACACUCUUACCUAUGAAUUAAUUAGCAGCGAACCAGCCACAGAAGUUAUUGCCUAUAUUACCACCAUUAAACUCUACCGUAAUUCCCAAACUGAUUCAACUCUUAUUACUUGGGAAGCCGAUUUCUCUGCUGAUGUCAGUUCCGAAGUUGUCCAAUUUGAAUCAAAAGCUUUUGCUUUAAAUCUUUCAGAUCUUCAAAAAUUCUUUUCUAAAUAAUCUUAUAUUUCUUCACACAUAGAACAUGUUGCUAUCAUAACUUAUUUUUUAGUUUAAUAAAUAAAUAAAUAAAUAAAUAAUUAAUUUUUUUAAAUAGAAAUAUUAUAAUUUAUACAAUUU